AUGACUCGGGGAAACGUUACAUUGAUCGGAGUUGGCCGCCUUGGUAUUUGCUCAGCACUCGUAUUUGAGAAGGCAGGAUACAACGUUCUUGGCGUAGAUCUUUUCCCAGACUAUGUUAACGCAAUUAAUAAUAAAACUUUCGAUUCGCCAGAACCGCAAGUUAACGAAUUCUUAAAAGAAUCCAAGAACUUCAGAUGCUCAACUGAUAUGAAGGAAGGUAUUGAAUUUUCCGACCUUUUAUUCAUCUGUGUUGAUACUCCUUCAACAGGUGGUGAUUGCCAUUACGACCAUUCGAAACUAUCAAGAGUUCUCUCUGUGAUCAACAGUUUCAAGCCAGAGAACAAGCACGUAAUGAUUAUGUGCACUGUAAUGCCAGGUUAUAUUCGCGAAGUUGGCCGCUAUCUUCUUCGUGAUUGCAAGAACACAACACUUAACUACAAUCCAGAAUUCAUUGCUCAAGGAGCAAUCAUGAAAGGCUUCCAAAACCCAGAUGUUGUUCUAAUUGGUGCUGAAAAUGACGAAAUCGGCAAUAGACUUUCCGAAUUCUACAAGAACAUAACUACAAAUGAACCAUAUAUUGCAGUUAUGAACCCAGAAUCCGCUGAAUUAAUGAAGAUUUCCCUUAAUUGUUUCAUUACUACUAAGAUUGCAUAUGCAAAUAUGAUCGGUGAUAUUGCAGAUCUCACCCCAGGUGCUGACAAAUACAAGAUUCUUGAAGCAAUCGGACACGAUUCAAGAGUUGGCUUAAAGUGCUUAAUGCCUGGCUGGUCAUUUGGCGGACCAUGCUUCCCACGUGAUAACCGUGCACUUCUUGGCUAUGCCGAGAAGAUUGGCUUCGAUGCAAAAAUUUCUCGCGCAACAGAUCAGGAAAACAACGACCAUACACGUAUUAUGGCAGAAAAAUACCUCGCAGAGAACAAGGACAAAUACGAAUUUGUUAAUAUCGCUUACAAAGAACCUUGCAACGUUCCAAUUAUCGAAGAAUCUGCCAAACUUAAAGUUGCCGAGUAUCUUGCAAGGCACGGAAAGAAAGUUGUCCUCAAAGAUAAGAAACAUAUCAUUGAGGUCGCACGCCGGGAAUAUGGCUCGUUAUUCACUUAUGUCGAAAUUUAA